ACUACUGUGGAGUGUGCCGGUUGGGGCCGCGUGGGGAGCAGAGUGCGCGGUGGCGGGAGUGGAGGAGGGUGUGUUUGAGAAGAAAAGCUGGAGAGGGGGAACCUCGACGCUGGAAGCCCGUCCACAAGCUUGGCAGGAUCGGGAGGUUCGCCAAGGCUCUGGGGCAUAUCCUAGCUUCAAGUUCAGUCUCCCGGCAUAGUGCCUCUGAGAGGAGCCCCAGGCUUAUCCCAUUGCUCCCACUCUGGCUUCUGGAGGCAAUCAUCAUCCAGGAUCUUUCCAGAGACCAUAAGAAAACAUGGGCAGAGUUUUCCUCACAGGAGAAAAGGCCAAUUCAGUUUUGAAACGUUACCCAAGAGCAAAUGGCCUUUUUGAAGAAAUCAGACAAGGCAACAUUGAACGAGAGUGCAAAGAAGAAAUCUGCACAUAUGAAGAAGCCAGAGAAGCUUUUGAAAAUGCUGAAAAAACAAGGGAGUUUUGGAGCACCUACACAAAAGCGCAGCAAGGAGAGACUAAUAGAGGAAGUGACUGGUUUCAGUUUUAUCUAACCUUUCCAUUAAUCUUUGGUCUCUUUAUUAUCCUCCUUGUCAUUUUCCUAAUCUGGAGAUGUUUCCUAAGAAACAAAACUCGUAGACAAACAGUGACUGAAGACCAUAUUCCAUUCCCUCAGAACCUUAAUAUCAUCACUCCACCUCUCCCACCAGAUGAAGUAUUUGAUGGCAGUGGAUUGUCUCCGAGCUUUCUGGAAUAUGUAGUUGGGCGAUCAGAUUCUGUCUCCACUCGCCUAUCCAACUGUGAUCCCCCACCAACCUACGAGGAAGCCACUGGCCAGGUGAACCUGCGGAGUAGUGAAACAGAACCUCCUCAUUUAGAUCCACCCCCAGAGUAUGAAGACAUAGUCAACUCUAACUCAGCCAAUGCCAUUGCUAUGGUGCCUGUGGUAACCACCAUCAAAUGAAGCUGUGCAAACUUCUUUUUACUUUAAUCAUUUUUAAAAUACUAAUGAAAAAAACUUUCUAGCACUUUACCACUACAUAAAUGUGUGUUGACUUAUUUUAUUAGACUCUUACAGCAUACCACUUCACAUUUAACUGGUUUGAUUUUCUUUAAUGAUUUUUUUUCUAUUUUAUACUUAUUACUUGUGCUCAUUUUUUUGGCUAGAGGUAGAAUGUGAAGAGAAAAAAAGCAUACUAGUAGAGAUCUUCAUGUGACAUAAUGAGAGCUACAUAUACAUGUGUGAAUAUAUGCAUAUACAUGUGCACAUGUGUAUCCAUCCAGUAUGUGUGCAAUUGUCUUAAAACUCAUUAACACUUGUAUCUAAAUUACCUGUAAGGGCAACAUUACUCACUAAAUUUGGAAGAAGAAAAAAAGAGGCACCAACAAUUUAUGUAGUAGCAGAUAGUGAGUAACAUGCUGUAGAAAUUUGCCAAGAGGAUAUAUUUAGAAGGUUUCCUUAUUCUUACAGGUUUAACCUUCUAUUUUGAAAGGGAAAAAUGCUGAGUCAUUCUCCAUUUUAAAAACCAUCUCAGAAAUGCACAUAGAAAGCAAUACUUGCUUUCAAAUGCAUAGCAAGAAAGUGAUUGAUCAUUACUGGUAUUUGACUCGUUUUAUAUUUGGGAUUUUCUUCUUGUUUGAUGCCUUCUCCCCACACUCUAAUUAAACAGUUUGCUUACUUAGCAUCCCAUGCUAUUUGUACUAACAUCCUGAUGGGGAGAAUUUCCUGGCAUGGAAUAAUUUCUAAAGUGGAUAUAGGGAUUAAUGAUAGUCAAUAGAUACUGUUUUUUUUUACUCCUUUUCUCACUAGGAAGGGACAAAAAUUAUUUUCUUCUCACUCUUUCAUCGUAUUGUACUCUCCUGUUUAUUCUCUCUUUACCAUCACAGAUUCUUCAGGCACCCAAGAAUUUAAGUUAGAAUAAAUUUUUUAAAUUGCUUUCUUAAUGUUUUUAUACAUGAUGCAAUCUUUGCCUAAGAUUAUAAGAAGACAAGUUUUCAUUAAAUUCUAAACUGUUUUUAUAUUGUUCAAUUGGUUGAAGAAAAUUGCAAAGUGUGUGUGUUGUUGUAGGUGCCCACUAGAUCUAGGUAUAGAUCCAGUACCUAACAAUGUAUAUUAUCAUUGCUAUUUCAUUUUACAUUUUUGUCAGAUUUUUUUUCGUACUGUUGGGAUUUUUACUUUUCCCUUGGAGCAGAGGGAACAGGCUGCAAGUGAAUGGCCAACAUAAACUAGAUCAGAAAAAUAAAAGGGUGAUAUGAGACAAUAUAUGUAUAAAUACUUUGUACAGUAAGAAGACUUUUCAAAUAUAAGACACUAAUAUUAUGUUCGUGUGGUAUAUUGGGAUGAGUUUCUCCCUCUCAUUCCCUAAAAUUAACCAGAGAUUUUUUAUAUUGAUAAAUUGAGCAGAUUGCUCCAAAAAUAGCUUAUGUGUUCCCAAACUGAGUGUGUGAGCUCUGUUACUUGACUGUACAUAGUUGUGCCAAUUUAAAGAUGAUUGCGAACUCUGUAUAAACAGGGAAAGAUGUUUGGAAUACAUACUAAAUUUUUAGUUAAUGGCUUUCCUAGACUAAGAAUGAUUAUACCUUGAUAAUAGUCACAAAACGUACAUGGUGAUCUUUGGUUUCUAAUUAAGUCUGAAGGUAGGAUUGUUUGACCCAGUGAGUAAUGUAGACAUGUGUGGAGUUUAUGGGUUGUUUCUAAAUGAAAAAUUAAGGGCCCUUUAGUGUGAAAUAUUUUGUCAUUAAUAUCAAGCUUUAGAUAAGACCAGCAAUUUUUAAAGUGUGACCAGUGGACCCUUAGGGUUUCUUACAAGCCAUUCAGGGAAUCUGGAAGGAGACCAAAAAAUUUGAAAACUACAGGAUUAGACAAAGAAUUGAAUUCUUCUUAUUAGGUAUCUUAUUACAACUUGCUUUACUUUUUGAACUCCGGAUGUUGAGUUUAAUGCUGCAUCUUAGAGAUACCUGAAUUGCAAUAUAAUAUUGAAUGCUAAUCCUGAGAGCAAAAACCCAAUCUUUAAACUAACAUGGCUAAUGAAAACACUACUCUAUAGUAAUAACUGCAUCGGCCAUGAUCUUAUGGCAGCUUUUUCAUGGUAAUGAGAGAAUAAACAAAAUACCACUUUCUUCAAACACAAUAUUAGUUCUGUUUUAAUGUUUUGCAUUUUUUUACAAAGAUCCCUUUUGCUACCCUAUCUGGUUUUAUAAACCGAGUUUGUUAACAUUUAUUAUAAUUAAGGGGCUUAUCUGGAAUAAUAUAUAUUUUUGUGCUUUUGCCUUUCUUACCUGAUUCGUAUUACAUUCGCUUUUGAUCGUUUUUAAUAAAGGUUUAUUUUUGCAGAAUAUAUUUAAUACACUUCUUAAAUAGUAACUAAAUUGAAUCAACCUAUUUGUAUCUAAAUAAAAGGAUGUGCUCAUUGGUCUUCUAGUAGAAUGAUUUCUAAGUCUCUACAUGCAGUGGUUGUACCUAGAAUCCUGUAACUGGCACUUUUUGCUUUCCUGCUCUAAAUAUCACAAGAAAUUGUAUUUGUUUUCUAUUGACCAAUGCAAAUAAGAGAUUUUGUGUUUGUUAUUGCUCAUAGUGACUUCUUUAAGAUUGAUGAUUUGAUUGAAUAACUAUUGAAGUAGCAUGUAUUUUUAUUAUAAUACUUCACAUUUUCAAUGCUUGGUUUACAUUAAAUUAUGGUAUUUAACUUUUAUGUUUAUACUAAAUAUGGUUUUCUUAGGUUUCUGUGUUCUUGGUAUGCUAAAUAAAGCUAUUUUUAAACUCA